UUGACCCCUCUCAUUCAAUACCUUUCUCACGGAUCUGGCCCAAUGCAUACUGUGUUUCAAAUUUUUCGUGUGAGAUUUGUGAGUGGUUCCGUAAUGUCGGUGGCUCUUCAGCAGCCGAACCGAUGACAUAGUGGAGAGUUUGUUUGUUCCUGUAUUUUUUUUUCUCUCUAACUUUUAUCAUUCUAUCCGUGCAGUUAAUUUACAAAAAAAAACUACAGUUUGACUAGUUUCUUGUUUUUACACUGUUUUGUUUGAUCACUAAACUUAUCACUAAACUUAUCUCUCUUGGGAUAAUUAAUGAACACAAUGUUUUCUUUGUGUGACGGAAGUAUCGGAGUCUGGAGAUGAUAGCUCGCGUGUGUAGUUUAGAAUCGUUUAAUAGUGUUUGACUUGGAGGUUAUAUUUAGACAGUUUUUUAUUCUCAACAAACAUAAUUACCUUUAAAAUCUAAGUUCAGAUGGAGUUUCAUUUUGGUUAAAACAAAUAGACAAAACAAAAAAAAAUAGUCUUAAAAGACAUGGAUAGAUUUCACAAUGCCAGAUUUUUUACCCAGCGCGUGCUCAAUUUAAUUUUCCAUUAAUUUCUUUUUUUUAAUUUAUUAAUACACUUUAAAAUAUUUUAAACUAUGAUUUAGUGUAACGUUGAAGACAUAAAGACUGCGGAGAUGGUCGGUAUUUCUGACUAGGUUAUUUCUGGGAUAGAACUUCUGAAAUAGACAUUGUGGAUUAUUUUAUGGUCACGAGUUCUACAAAGACUUGGUUGUAGAAGAUGGAAUUAACUGUGUCUCCCUGGAUUUAUGCAAAUCUCUUGUUUCUGAUCAACACCGGGUGUGAAGGUCACGAUGACAAAUUAUGCAAGAAGGUUAGCUUGUGCAACACUGAUGACAUCAGAGCGACUUCCGGUUCCAACAAUAUGGAGAAACUCUGCACGCACGUCAUGAACUACGAGGAAUGCCUGUCAAAGUAUGUACCUUUCUGUCCUGAUGCAAGAAAAGAGAAACUACGUAUGAAGCAUGAAUCCCUGAAAUGCAAACGCCAUGCAAACUUCAGGAGCUACAGUACGUCCUGUUCAGACGCAUUCACCAGCUGCCUCACUUCAAGCUUUAAGGCGCUACAAGGAAAACCUGAAGCCCAAAAAGAGCUCUGUAGGUUAGCUCCAGGUGUGAUCCAAUGUAUGGAGGACGCCCUCAGCAAUCAUUGUCAAGAUAAGAGCAGGAAAGAGACAGAGCCGAUAUCAAACUAUUUGAUGUAUCUAAGGAACCAAUUUAGAUGUGACUUGAACAAGUCUUACCAGACAGUAUGGACGAUAUUCACAUUCUUACUACCCUUGUUCCUCUUAUUAGAGCUAAUGUGAUAAUUGAUCUAUUUAACUUUUAAUUAAUUAGGUUAUACAAUUCUUUCUAUGCUGGUCUUUGCUCGUCUGUCUAUCUUGCUUCCUUUGACUCUUGCUAAAUAUUUAUUUACCCUUUCAUUUAUUUACUCAUUGAGUUAUUCAUUCUCAUUGCUUAAAAUACUUCGUAGUCGAAUUAAUGUGUCACGAUGAAUUGUUUCUUGAACAGAUGUAUACAACUGCACAUUCGUAUGUUGGAGUCUAUUAAGAUGUUUUAUAAUGUAUAAUAAAAGUGAUUGAAAUGGGGCUCCUCCCUCUGCCCGGGGCUGUAAUGUAUCUACCAUGCAAGGUGGAUCGCGAGUUAGUGAGACCAAUCGUCAUAAAAAGCCCGAACACCGAUCUGCAACGUUGCAAUCUGUAGGCAUUUGAGACCAAUAGCUCGUUGCGACGACUGUACGAUCUGGCAACACGCUUUUGGUCUCCACUGCCCAUAGGUUGCAACGUCACAGGUCAGUGGUGAGGCCUUCUAUAACGAUUGCUCUCGCUCUGCUUCGAGAGAGAAAGAUGCUCCCAGGGGGCACAUUCCUGGGCCUUAGUUUAAGGGCAUCAUGCGUCGUGACACCUGUCUUGACCUUGCCAUAUGAUGUCUUUGAUAAGAAUGCGUGUGCACAAUGACAUCUUUCACAUCAUUUAAUUCAGCCAGCAAAUGUUGAGCUAUUUAUUUUUCGGUACUGAACCAUUUACCAGCAUUCUCACCGGUUAAGCUCGGUAUUUAGUUUUUCCCUAAAUGAUCGCAACAUAGUUAAGGGCCAAUCAAAAUCUUGGAGGUCUGAGGGUACAGAAAGUACAGUACAGAAAGUAGGGUACAGAAAGGGGCACAACCAUGACGGCGUCAUAGUAAUCACCCCUUUUUUCGCAGCCAUAUCAGAAGAUUUUGAGAUGAAUAUAUUAAAUUAGUCGACCGGCGGCGUAGCAUACUGCAACCUAUUCAAUAUGGAAAACGACAAUCCUACGCGCGAUAAAUAAAAACGGCAUUAUUCCGAAAUUUUGGAAUCUGGUGAAAGAAGCUUCUCGCGCCUCAAACUAAUGAAGAAUUAAUUGAUGUUAACAAUUCUCGUAGAUAGAUUGAAACAUUUGGUAAUUCUUGCUUUGAGUGUGAUCUAUGUAGGAAACAGAAUUAUUAUGAUAUACUGUAUGACUUCACGCAAGGCUCGUAAAGUAAUUCUAUACGUAGUAAAGAAUGAAUAAAAUGCUAAGAUGAAUGUAUUUUCUAAUAUUAACUCUCAAUUUUCACUUAUAAUCCGUAUCCCUACCCAAACUGGGCCCCGCGAAUUCCGUUUCGCAUAGGGACCCACAAUGGUUAAAUCCGGCCCUGCUAUUUAGUGACUGGUGAAUACAGAGUAGAUUACUUGUUCUCAUUCCCCCCCCCCUCUUUUUUUCGCCGCAAAAACUAUGUGGGGUAGAAAUUAAAAAAGAAUGAUCUUACCAUGACUUCUUGGUCACAACGGUUAAGUCCGGCCCUGUUAUUUUGUGACGGGUGAAUACUACUUGUUCUCCCUCCCCUCUUUUUUUUUCGUAUGGUAACUCUAGUCCGACUUGCAGAAAAGAGUGAUCUUUCCUUUACUUCUUGUCUAAACUGUUGAGACAUGAAGAGAAUUAUAUAUAUAGAUAGAUACGCUGAGAUGAAAACUUUCGCCACUCUAUUGAUUCUUGGACAUGGCAGUCACGAUGCGAUAGUGCUUCUGAAUGUCUGAUAGGGUGCCAUCACAUAUGGAGCCUCAUAGUUUGUAACUCUAUAACACAAUCAAACAUACAGCACAGAAAUGUACGCAAAUUUAAAGGAUUGGUGAAUAUCUGAAUGUAGUCUAUAUGCAGGGCCGGAUUUAAGGAAGUGAAUGCGAGGCUACUACCCUGGGGACUCCACAAAAGAGAUGAAAUAUAUAUCCUUCUACCUCACUCUCUACAAACUAAACAAAUAUACACUUUUUUAAAUUAAAAUACUUAUAUAAUAUUAUGUAUAACGCUAUUAGAUAUAGGUAUUAUUUUUAUUCAUAAGUGGGGCAUAAGUGAAUCUUUAUUAAAACUUUUGAAAAGUGUAGGGACAUCCACAAAAAUCCAGCCCUGGGGACUCCACUUAUUUAAAUCCGGCCUUGUCUAUAUACAUUGUAUAUGUUGUAUAUAUAGCCUAAAAGGCAUAAGUUUCAUAUGUGUAUGCUAAUUCCAAUGUAUUAAUCCAUGCCAAUAAUUCCCUAUUGACGGAUGAAUGCCUUCUCUGUUACAUCCAUCUACAAUCAACUAUUUCUAGAUAAGUGCAAUCUGUGUUAUAUUGAACUACGGUUUAGUAUUCAUGGACUAAUCAAAGUAUUGUUGUAUACAGCGGUCAUUAACUAUGUAUGGAUGAAUGCGAUCUUUGUUCUACCUUGAUAUAACUACUAGUAACUAUGUAUGGAUGAACUUUGUUAUACCUGGAUAUAACUACUAAUAACUAUGUAUGGAUGAACUUUGUUAUACCUGGAUAUAACUACUAAUAACUAUGUAUGGAUGAACUUUGUUCUACCUGAAUAUAACUACUAGUAACUAUGUAUGGAUGAACUUUGUUCUGCCUUGAUAUAACUACUAGUAACUAUGUAUGGAUGAACUUUGUUAUACCUGGAUAUAACUACUAAUAGCUAUGUAUGGAUGAACUUUGUUAUACCUGGAUAUAACUACUAAUAACUAUGUAUGGAUGAACUUUGUUAUACCUGGAUAUAACUACUAAUAACUAUGUAUGAAUGAACUUUGUUAUACCGCGAUAAAACUACUAUUAACAAUGUAUAAAUAAAUGCAGUUUGUUAUACUGGAAUAUAGCUACUAUUAAAUAUGUAUGAAUGUAAUCUUUGUUAUACUGGGAUGUAACCACUGUUAACUAUGUAUGAAUGAACUUUGUUAUACCGGGAUAUAUCUACUAUUAACUAUGUAUGGAUAAAUGCAAUUUGUUAUAGUUGAAUAUAGCUAUUAAAUAUGUAGGAAUGUAAUAUUUGUUAUACUGGAAUAUAACUACUAUUAACUAUGUAUGGAUACUUUCUUUUUGUGUUAUGUAUAACUACAAUGGAUGGCCGGCUGAUUGUGUCGUUUCCGAGUAGGAAUCCAUCCCGCUACCAGCCCUCUCAUAAUGUACUAAACAUUCUGGAAUACAAGAAAACUUCAAAAACAAACAAAUAGUAAACUUGUUAUCGGUGAAUAAUUUAUUGCAUGUUUUAUUCAAUCAUAAUGUUAAAAAUAAAUAAAAUUUUGUUGACGUUUCUUAAA